UAUUCAUUCACAAUAUCUCAGCGAAGAGCCAACAUCAGAUUAAUUAUUUCAUUUUUAGUUAGAAUAAAUUCACAAAACCAGCAAAAUGUGUGACGAUGAUGUAGCCGCCUUGGUUGUAGACAAUGGAUCAGGAAUGUGCAAAGCUGGAUUUGCAGGAGAUGAUGCACCAAGAGCAGUGUUCCCCUCAAUUGUGGGACGACCAAGACAUCAGGGAGUCAUGGUUGGUAUGGGACAGAAAGACUCCUAUGUAGGAGACGAGGCCCAGUCCAAGAGAGGUAUUCUCACCCUCAAGUACCCCAUUGAGCAUGGCAUCGUCACCAACUGGGAUGAUAUGGAGAAGGUCUGGCAUCACACUUUCUACAAUGAGCUGCGUGUCGCCCCAGAAGAGCACCCAGUUCUCCUCACUGAGGCUCCACUCAACCCUAAAGCUAACCGUGAAAAGAUGACACAGAUUAUGUUCGAGACCUUCAACUCACCAGCUAUGUACGUCGCUAUCCAGGCUGUGCUCUCUCUAUACGCCUCUGGACGUACAACCGGAAUUGUUUUGGACUCUGGCGAUGGUGUUUCCCACACUGUACCAAUCUAUGAGGGUUAUGCUCUCCCUCAUGCAAUCAUCCGUCUGGAUUUGGCCGGAAGAGAUCUCACUGAUUACUUGAUGAAGAUCCUUACCGAGCGUGGUUACUCAUUCACCACCACUGCUGAGAGAGAAAUCGUUCGUGAUAUCAAAGAGAAGCUCGCUUAUGUUGCAUUGGACUUUGAACAGGAGAUGCAAACUGCUGCCAGCUCAAGCUCCCUAGAGAAGAGCUACGAGUUGCCCGAUGGACAAGUGAUCACUAUUGGCAACGAGAGAUUCAGAUGUCCCGAGACUCUGUUCCAACCAUCAUUCAUUGGUAUGGAGUCGGCUGGUAUCCACGAGACCACAUACAACAGCAUUAUGAAGUGUGACGUCGAUAUCCGAAAAGACCUCUAUGCCAACACUGUACUUUCUGGUGGUACCACAAUGUUCCCAGGAAUCGCUGACCGUAUGCAGAAGGAGAUUAGUGCCCUUGCUCCUCCCACAAUGAAGAUCAAGAUCAUCGCACCCCCAGAGCGCAAAUACUCUGUCUGGAUCGGUGGCUCCAUCUUGGCUUCUCUCUCCACCUUCCAACAGAUGUGGAUCUCCAAGCAGGAAUACGAUGAAUCUGGCCCAUCCAUUGUCCAUCGUAAAUGCUUCUAA